AUGGAUGGCAAGCCCAUGGAUGAGUUUUGUGCGUACGUCAUGCUGGGACUCUCCGAAGGAUGCAGUGCGGCCGACGUACGGCGAGCUUACCGCCGCCUGGCACUCUUGUGCCACCCAGACAAGAACCCGGACCAGAAUUCCGAGGAGUCUGAACGGCGGUUCCGGGACAUUGCCUCUGCCAAAGACUGCUUGUUGGAGAAGUUGGGAAAGGGCCCCCUCUCCUUGGGCGGCAUCCUCACCGCAGCACAGCGGCGCCGCGCGCGGUGGUGCAAACCGGGCCCAGUCCGCGUCGAGCGCGUAGUGCCGGUGAAGCCGCCGCAGCCUCCGCGCGUGGUGGUCUGGGCCUGCCACGUCUGCGAAGUCGCGGCUCUGGGCGGCUACUCGCCCGGUGCUCGUAAAGAUCGUCUGCAACCAUGCAUCCAACCGGGUGCGCAAACGGUCUGCUUCUGCGGACAUCCUUUGAGUGACCAUCGGCAUGCUGGAACGCCUUCGUCAGAUGGCUGGGAGAAGUGUCAGCACAACUGCGGCUGCGUCAAGUUUACGUACGUGCAGCCCUACUCACGCUGCAGCUGUGGACACGGAAAUCUGGACCACAGCCCGACAGGCUUCUUCGCCUGUCAAGUAGCAGGCUGCCCCUGCCAAACCUUCCACGACCCCGGCACCUGCCGCGUGUGCGGCCACGACUGGGUUUGUCACCGCACGGAGCUCCGGCACACUGUGCCCCCGCCUCGGCCGCGCUCGCCCAGCCGGUCUUCCAACUCAUCUUCCGACACAAUCUUCGCCCAGUCCUGUGAAAGAAGAUGCAAAAAGCACUCCGAGGCUGUUGCGUUGUUGCAUGAGCCAAAUAACUCAGGUGCGCCAGAGGCCUGUUUUCACCAAGCCACGUGGACCCCCAAGACCAACUGGAGAGUCACCGUGCAGAUUGCAAGCCAGCAUCGUAGGAAGCCUGGACCUGAAAAGUUUGAAUGCCAACUCAGGGCCUGUCACUCCCCUGGCCAGCGCCACUCGAGCUCUCGCUGGCGAGGCGUGGUUCAAGAGGGGAACCCGCAUGCAGCUUCAUGGUCUGCGACUUGUGCCUGUGUCUGGCUGAGGUCAAGCCGGUGUCAACCAGACCAUCGUCAGCAGCCACGACGGCUUCCAGCCUUCGCUGCAGCCUCUGCGAAGCCUCUGUAUGAUUCUGUCAUCGUGUCUUGA